CUGAUUAGAAUCAUCUCUGGGAAUCCACUUGAGUCCGCAUUGUCAAAGAUGAAUAGCUCGAUCAUAUUGGUGUGCAUGCAUUCAAGGAGGGAGAAGCUGCUGUGUUGGAUACGAUUGCACCAGCUUUGAAGCGUGAAGACCUGCCACUGCUAUGGGUGACGCUAUUGUAGAUGCAGCCCCUGGGACAGCGUUGGAUCAGUCAUCCGGCCCAGUGCUGCAGGGAAAUGGAGGGACUCCUCUCAGCGUCAUCAGAGAAGGCGUUGGGGAGUUGGCGGUUAUCGACCCUGAGGUGGCGAAGAAAGCCUGUGAAGAGGUCCUGGAGAAGGUCAAGCUGAUGCAUGGGGUCUCCUCAGACAGCGUGGCUAAAUCGGAUGAUUGCAACGAAAUGGAGAGUGCUCCACGGACCAACCUGGAACUAGCCAAUGGAGACGUCGGAGAUGGCUGUGAAAUCAAAUGCUUGGACGACCCAGCUGGCGCGCCUUCCAGGAUCCAGGAGGAGGACGAGACCAUGGCCAACACAGUGAAAAGCGCCCGGAGGCGGCAAAAGAACAACUCAGCUAAGCAGUCCUGGCUGCUCCGGCUCUUUGAAUCCAAACUCUUUGAUAUCUCCAUGGCCAUUUCAUACUUGUACAAUUCAAAGGAGCCAGGGGUACAAGCUUAUAUUGGAAAUAGGUUGUUUUGCUUUAGGAACGAGGAUGUGGACUUCUACCUGCCACAGCUUCUAAACAUGUACAUCCAUAUGGAUGAAGAUGUUGGCGAUGCUAUCAAACCCUACAUUGUGCACCGCUGUCGGCAAAGCAUCAACUUUUCCCUCCAGUGUGCUCUGCUGCUGGGCGCCUACUCCUCGGACAUGCACAUCUCAACUCAGCGACACUCCCGUGGGACCAAGCUGCGGAAGCUCAUCCUCUCUGAUGAGUUGAAGCCAGCUCACAAAAAGAGGGAGCUGCCGUCUCUGAGCCCGGCGCCCGACAUGGGGUUGUCACCUUCCAAAAGGACUCACCAGCGGUCAAAGUCGGACGCCACAGCUAGCAUCAGCCUGAGCAGCAAUCUGAAACGGACCGCCAGCAAUCCCAAAGUCGAGAGCGAGGAUGAGGAAUUCUCAUCGAGUACGGAAAGUGUUGAUAAAUCAUUCUGUUCCCCUGUCAGACUUGCCCCAGAGAGAGAAUUCAUCAAAUCCCUGAUGGCCAUUGGAAAGAGACUAGCCAUUUUGCCCACCAAAGAGCAGAAGACUCAGCGUCUUAUCUCGGAGCUGUCUUUACUUAACCAUAAGCUUCCGGCACGCAUCUGGCUUCCCACAGCUGGCUUUGACCAUCAUGUGGUGCGGGUGCCCCACACGCAGGCGGUGGUGCUCAACUCCAAGGACAAGGCUCCCUAUUUAAUCUACGUUGAAGUACUUGAAUGUGAAAAUUUUGACACCACUAAUGUGCCAGCCCGGAUCCCAGAGAACCGCAUCCGGACCACGAGGUCUGUGGAGAACCUGCCAGAAUGUGGGAUCACUCAUGAGCAGAGGGCCAGCAGCUUCACAACUGUUCCCAACUAUGACAACGAUGAUGAAGCCUGGUCUGUGGAUGAUAUUGGGGAACUGCAGGUGGAGCUUCCAGAGAUGCACACCAACAGCUGUGACAAUAUUUCCCAGUUCUCCGUGGACAGCAUCACCAGCCAAGAGAGCAAAGAGCCUGUGUUCAUAGCAGCUGGUGAUAUUAGACGGCGCCUCUCAGAGCAGCUUGCACACACCCCGACAGCUUUCAGGAGAGACCCUGAGGAUCCGUCUGCUGUUGCCCUGAAGGAGCCCUGGCAGGAGAAAGUCAGGCGGAUCAGGGAAGGCUCCCCUUAUGGCCAUCUUCCAAACUGGCGCCUCCUCUCGGUGAUUGUCAAAUGCGGAGAUGACCUCAGGCAAGAGUUGCUAGCAUUCCAGGUCCUUAAACAACUGCAGUCUAUUUGGGAGCAGGAACGCGUGCCCUUGUGGAUCAAGCCAUACAAAAUCCUCGUCAUCUCCGCAGACAGCGGCAUGAUCGAGCCGGUCGUCAACGCAGUGUCCAUCCACCAAGUCAAGAAACAAUCCCAGCUCUCGCUGCUGGACUACUUCCUCCAGGAGCAUGGCAACUACACGACCGAAGCAUUUCUGACGGCCCAGAGGAAUUUUGUGCAGAGCUGUGCUGGAUACUGCCUGGUGUGCUACCUGCUACAGGUCAAAGACAGGCACAAUGGCAAUAUAUUGCUGGAUGCAGAUGGACACAUCAUCCAUAUAGAUUUUGGGUUCAUUCUCUCCAGCUCCCCCAGGAACCUUGGCUUCGAGACGUCUGCCUUCAAGCUCACGUCGGAGUUCGUUGAUGUCAUGGGCGGUCUGGAUGGUGAUAUGUUUAACUACUACAAGAUGCUGAUGCUGCAAGGCCUCAUCGCUGCCCGAAAGCACAUGGAUAAAGUCGUCCAGAUUGUGGAGAUAAUGCAGCAAGGUUCUCAGCUGCCCUGUUUCCAUGGCUCCAGUACCAUCCGCAACCUGAAGGAGCGUUUCCACAUGAACAUGACGGAGGAGCAGCUGCAGAUGCUCAUUGAACAGAUGGUGGACGGCAGCAUGCGGUCAAUCACCACCAAGCUCUAUGAUGGCUUCCAGUACCUCACCAACGGCAUCAUGUGACAGCUGCGCCCUUGCCACCGACUCAAGGAUGGCUUUUGCCGCAGCCACAGUGCCCAGCUGGAGACCUGCCACCUGGCCGAGGGAAAAGGUCUUGCCCCGUGUGGUGAAGGGAGCUGAGCAGUAGCACCUCCCGGGUGCCAGGUUUAACAGACUCGCAAGCCACCACCAACAAAAAACAGUGUUCAGAGGAACAAAAUCCACGUGUGAAAUUGACUAAAAACAAAAAGAAUCAUGUGACAACCAUUGCGAUCACGUUUAAUGUGACCGCGGGGUCCAGGCGUUGGUGAGACAAAGCCAUCAGCGCUCUGUGGACAACAGAGCAUCUGCUAGACACCAGAACCAUGUGUACAUCAGUUCCUCCCACCUUUAUUUCAGUAUUAUGCCUGUUGAUGUCCUGUGAACUCUUCCACAAUCUCAUAAUCGUUUAGGGCCUGGGGUGGAGGGGGCCAAAACCAUCCUUCUCCCUGAGUCUGGAAUUUGCUGAUAUUUUGAGCCUUCUGCUAGCACCACUUGAAUGCAGUUGAGGUGAAUCCCCAUCAGCCCCCAACCCUGCAUGUUCCUGUACAGCGUUCUCAGCAUUAUUUGACUCUCCUGAUGUUGAUUUGGCUUUUUUCACCCUUUGCACAUUUUAAUGUAAGUUUAAGUUGCAAGUUAGACAACAAACGUGUCUUGAGAUCAUAGGUCACUAGACACAACCCAUGUAGCACAGUCUUAACCUUCUGGAGCAUAGGGUUAUUAGGACUUAGAUCUUUUUGUUUCGUUUCAUCCACGUCUCUCAUAGUCUGGCCAUGCAACGGCAUGCCCGUCUGUCUGUCUUUGGGCACCUUUUUGACUUUGUUCCACAAAUCUGGGGCUGUGAAGCUUUCCCCUGCAAUAAUAUCAGAAUUCAUACUUCAUGGGUUUGUGCCACACUGAAUGUCUUGUCCUUGGCUGAUGAUCCUGGUGAUGCAGUAGCCUGGCCCUGAACUCGCACCGCCUUGAACUCAGCAGCGGGGCUGCAAGUUGCUUUGUGUGUGAUAUCCGCACAAGGGUUACAUUUCCGUGGAUGAUGAGUUUUUACAUCUACCUGGAUCGGACCUCUAUAUGCAGAAUGUUCCCCUGGAGGUUAUAACCUGUCCCAUCCCUCCUCGGUGGCGUACUUUGGCCUGAGCCAAGUUUCAUGGCUCCCAGGGAGUGAGGCAAAAUGUGGACUGAUUUUGCUAGUUUUCUUCCUAGAGUAACUGAAGGCUAGUCUAAACUUAUCCAUCUUACCUUGCUUACACACCUAGCUAGAGUUCAGGAGACGGGUUGAUUUUUAGUUUUGCAGCAAGCAGGGCAUAGCUAGUGCCUUUUUUCAGUUUUAAGUAAAGAAGUGAUCGUGCUAAUUUUUCAUCCCCAGAAACAGGUCAAAAGCAGAUGCUGACAAGCACAAAGUUAUUGCAAAGAACCAGUAGAACACAGCUGUGAAGUUGUAAGGCCAGGCUGUUUGGCUUAUAGAUCCAGGGCAUGGAAAUCACUCUAUGCUGGGCUGAUUUCAUUUUUAAAGCUCCCUUUCCGCUACUGUCCAGCUGAAAACAUCUGUACUUUAUAAAGAGCAACAAGGUUUGAUUUGUUGAAGCUUCUCCAUUUCUGUGUAUUAGUAUAACUCUAUUCAGACAUAAGUCCCUUCCCUUGUCCUCUCUCCCCUCAGUGUAUUCAGACUUCUUGCAGCUGCUGAUCAGAUGGUGGAAUCCCCUACUACCUGAGUGUGUGUGAUUUGUUACCUCAGUCCUGGUUCUCCCCCAUUGACUCCUGUAUGUGGACUCUCAUGUUAAUAGGUGUUUGUUUAGUGCUACUUUGCCAUGUUGAUUAUUUAGCCUUUUUUUAACUGUAUUUUAACAUUAUGGGAUAGAGGUUUCUGGCAGGAAGAGGCAAUAUUUCCAAGUUUUGCAACCAGAAGUUCAAACCACUGCAUAUGCUCCUGCAGCCCAACAGAUGAGCAGCAACCUAGGCUUCACUGUCUCCCAAUUGCAAUUAAAACAUACAGGUCGUGGGGAGGCAUAAUCUUCUGUCACUUCCUGUUCUCAAAACCAGUUAUUCUUGUUACCAGUUUGGAAAUGGAUUGGCAAAAUGUAAGUUUUGGCUUUUUACUGUCCACUGAAAGAAUUAUGAAAGGUCUGAAACAUUGACUUUGCAAGGAGUGGAGAACGCUUGGGUAGCAAUAUGCUGAUCCUUGCAGGUGGGAAUAGAAAAGGACCUAGUGCUAGUUUCAUUACCAAAAAAACACUAACCUAGUUGCUUUUGUCUGUUCGUUCCAUUUUUUAAUUUUUCCCUUUAAGUUCCUCCUUGUAACUGCUCUUGUGACCCAGCUGUUCCCGGAACAGCCAGCAGGGGCUCGGAAAAGGGGCCGUAGAUUUUAAGGAACAAUCUGAAUUUCUGUGGGAAAGACCCAGCCUUGCAGUGCCAGAGGGGUGGAGCUAGAAAUGAUAGAAUUGUUUGGAUGAUCAGUGUGUGGGGCGGGGUGGUAUCGCUCUAAUAUAAGGACAAAAAGUAACUAUGAAUGUUGGAAAAAUGAGUGAUACUUGUCACAUGUUGUAGCUUACAAACAGAUUUGCAGGCUGCUGUGUUGAAUGGGGUUACACUUCUGUAAUCCACUUGGCAGUGGUAAUUUUAACCUCCUUCUGUAAUCCACUUGGCAGUGAGGGUAGCAAUUAUUUGUAGGAGCAGCCCAUGACAUGUUGGUCAUUUUGGCUACUACUGAGUUUCAGAGCAGAGAAAGGAUCAUUUUAAAACUUUGCAAUUGCCUUGUUUUUUUGGUGGGGAUCACUGGGAUUUAACUUUUGGGUCAAAUUUAGGCUUAGUUUACUCAUUUGUAUGUCACUUAGCAGCCUGUUGAAUUGUCGGAAAACUGCUUUAGUGGCUAACUUCAUGUUUCAGCUCCUGCCGCGACUCAAGCUUGCUUGGCCAUAAAAAGCCGUGAACAGACACUUCAAAUGACUCCAUCUUGCUUUUUAGCUUCCCCCUCUGCAUUUAUCCUGACCUGGAAGUGAACUGCAACCAAGUUCCCCUUUAAUGUAGCAGAUGGCAUACGGAUGCCCAGUGAUCAGAUGUACUGAGCCCAUAGUAGCAGCAUUGCUGCAAGUGGCAAAUUAGCAAGUGAAAUAAUGUCCCUGUAUACAAAUUACCCAACCAGUUGGGUGACUUCUGCAGAUUGUUGCUACUUAAUCUGGAUGGGAUCCUUUGGAAUGUAGUUUUCAUUUAAAAUCCUCAUGGAGAGUACAUUUUAACAGCUAAAAGGGGAUGGGCUGCAUGACGGCAAGAGGAGAGGGACAAAAAUAAGAUCCUAAUAGGCCAUACUAAUGGCCUCUCCUUGAGCUGAAGCGAACACCCUUUCUGACAGCUGCUGCUGGCUACACAGACUGUGUGUGAACCUUUCCAUGUGUGGGGACUUUUUAUUUUCCUAUUCAGUAAGGAUGGGCCAAACUCAGAAAUAAAAUAUACAACCAGAACUUGAUUUCUAAUAAAAUGUCCUUUUUUAAAAAAACAGAAAA